AUGUUACGUCGUGGAAAACUUGAUGGAAAGAAAGCCGAGCAAGAAAGACUGCAGAACAUAUUGUUGGAGUUGCUCAAAGAAGAUGAGAACAAGUACUGCGCGGAUUGUCAAGCGAAGACUCCGAGAUGGGCUGCAUGGAAUCUUGGAGUGUUCAUCUGCAUUCGUUGUGCUGGUAUCCAUAGGAAUCUUGGUGUGCACAUUUCAAAGGUUCGCUCGGUAAACCUGGACUCAUGGACAGCUGAGCAGGUACAAUCAAUGCGUGUUAUGGGAAAUGAGAAGGCACGGAAGGUUUACGAGCACUCCCUGCCUGAUCAUUUUCGCCGCUCAAUGACGGACCAUCAAAUGGAACAAUUUAUUCGUGCAAAAUAUGAACAGAAAAGAUAUAUGUUAAAUGGUUUCGUGUAUCCUCAGAUCGAUAUUAAUGAUUUGCCAAAGCCCGGUCAAGUAGUCAAUAAACAGAAGAAUCCCCCACAAGCCUUACGCACAUCGCCAAACGUUCGGGUACCUGGUGUUUCAACUACUACUAAAUCUGAAGCUGCAAUUGUUAAUGAUCUCUUGGAUUUUUCUUCUCCAACGAGUUCGUUCAGUCACGACAAUGAAAUCGGUUCACUCGCUGGAGAUCUUGGAACACUUUCUUUGAGUAAUGACCAAAAUGGGCAAGCGAAUAAAACAGCGGAACUUGAUGAUACGUUUGGGUCUUUUGCUUCUGCUCCUAUCAUCGAUAAUGCCAUGGUGGCUGGGAAAUCUGAUCAAAUGUCACUCGACGACGAUGAAAAAUGUUCCGCCGUAUGUUCACGAGCGUCAGAUAACCUAAUGUCUUUAUCAACAGCUGAUGCGUUACGUGAUGAGAAGAAAUCAAAUGCAGAUAUACUUUCCCUUUUCGGAGACCAGAAGAAGGGUGUAGCUCCAUCAAUUGUACCUGUUGGAGGGUUUGCUGCAUUCGGUUUGAAAGCUGCUUCUCCUCCACAACAAAUGAUGGGAAUUAACGCACCGCCACCAACUGUCGAGAAUCCGACUUUUACAGGAGGUCCAGCUAUGAGUGUAGGAUUUGCUAGUCCAGUUCCUGGGCAGCAGUCGUUUAUGACUCGUGAUGGGCUCCCGAAUCCUUUCGAGCAUCCGCGUGUAGGUGGAGUGAUGCAAUUUUCUUCCGGCUUUUCGACGUCAGUGAAACCACCAGUGCCGCAACAACCAUCUUCUCCAAGCUACUCAUCGCGGGCUAACAACGCAUUUGCUGAUCUUUCUCUCGGGAAAGUUAGUACUCUUUAUAUCUUUUCUUACUGA